CCCUCACGACCGCCCGAAUUGUCGCGAGUAGGCGGCCGUGGCGCUCCAGGCGGGGUGCCGCCGCUGCCUGUCCCCCGCAUGUGAGGGGGGGUUGGCUGGCUGGCUACGCGGUGCCUCUAAGCCGCCUUUGUCGAGGCUCCGCGCGGGGUGGGGAGGAGAGGAGAGGCAAAGCGCGCGUCUGCCGGGAGCAGGACUCAUGGAGCAAGAGAUGGCGAUGGCGCCCCCCGCCCUCCCCCCCGCUGCCCCCACCCUCCCGCUAGCGGGGCCCCUCCCCCUACUCCCCCCGCUGUCCUCCCUCCCCCCGGCCGCUUGCGCCCCCGACGGUGAACCCUUGCCGCACCUUCUUCCUCCUCUUCCUCCGCCGCCGCCUCCGCACAAGAUGCACCGUUGCGACCACUGCGCCUACAGCACCCGGCGCAAGGGCCACCUGGACAUCCACAUGCGCACGCACACGGGCGAGCGGCCGCACCCGUGCGGCGAGUGCGGCAAAGCCUUCACGCAACUCGGCGACCUGCAGAAGCACCGGCGGACGCACACCGGCGAGCGCCCGUACGCGUGCACCGUGUGCGACAAGCGCUUCUCGCAGAUGGAGCACCUGCUGACGCACCACCGCACGCACACGGACGAGAAGCCGUACAAGUGCCCGCAGUGCGAGAAGGCGUUCACCAUCUACGGCAACCUACAGCGGCACAUCAAGGCGCACUCGGGCGAGAAGCCGCACCGCUGCCCGACGUGCGGCAAGGCUUUCACCGUUCUCGGCAGCCUCCAGCGGCACCAGACGACGCACACGGGAGAACGGCCGCACAAGUGCGCCGCCUGCGGAAAGGCGUUCGCUCAGUCGGGCGACCUGCAGCGCCACGUGCGCACGCACACGGGAGAGAAGCUGUACGUGUGCGCGGCGUGCGGCCGGGACUUCACGCAGCUGGGCACGCUGCAGAGCCACCAGCGGACGCACACGGGCGAGAAGCCCUACAAGUGCCUCGUGUGCGGCAAGGCGUUCACCAACUCGUCCAACCUGCGCCAGCACGAGAGGACGCACGUCAAGCAGCAGCAGCAGCUGCUGGAGCAGCAGCAGCAGCAGCAGCUGCAGGAGCAGCAGCGGCGGCAGCAGCUGCAGCUGCAGGAGCAGCAGCGGCGGCAGCAGCAGCAGCAGAGGAAGCGGCGACGGUCGCAGCAGAAGGCGAAGGACGCGGAGGCGCCUCGGGCGCGGACGCCCGCCGGCACCGAGCUCAAGUCCGAAGCUGCCUCCGACAAUGACGACGACGACGAGGGAGGGGCCGGCGAGGAGAGGAGCGACGAGGAUGGCAGCGGCGACGAGGAGGAGAGGAGCGGCGACGAGGAGAGGAGCGACGGGGAGUUGAGCGACGGGGAGUUGAGCGACGGGGGGAGCGACGACGGAGCGUACGCGGGACGCCGACGGCGGAGCAUCGAGCUCGACGACGACGACGAUGACGACGAUGACGACGACGACGACGAUGGCGGCGACAGUGUCGCCGCCAUCGUCGUGCCCAAGGUGGAGCCCGCAGAGGAGACGGCCGCGGAGCCGGGCGCCAAGCCCAACAUCAAACUCAACAUCAAACUACGCAUCAAGCCGCGGGCGGCCGCCGCCGCCGCCGUCAUCGCCGCCGCCGUCGCUGAACCCGCGGCGGCCGCGGGAGUGGGCGGCAGGCGCGGGGCCAAGCGCAAGGCCAAGCUCAAGGCCGAGCUCGGCGCGGGGCAGCGCGGCCCCGAACUCGAACCGGACGGUACGCGGGAAGGCCCCGGCGUCGACCCGAGGGUCGUGCGAUCAGUUCCCGUGGGACCCCGCUGGACUGAUCCCUCCGACUCGCAGUCGCCGUCUGCCCAUCGCCGAUGCUCGCCGGCGCGGCAGUUGGCACUACGAGCCCUAGUUGGAUUCCCGCUCGGGAAGGCGGCACAGCAGCAGAGUGCGUGGACUAAUCCCCAUCCGUGCCACGCUCCCCCCUACCCGUCGGCGGUCGUCAUGGAGCAGCCGCCGCCAGCGCCGCCGCCGCCGCGGGUUAAAUCUCACAGCUGCCCUCAGUGCCCCUACAGCACGGACCACCGCAGCCACCUGGACAUCCACGCGCGCUCGCACUCGGGCGAGCGACCGUACGCGUGCGGCGACUGCGGCCGCGCCUUCACCGUCUCGUCGAGCCUCAAGGCCCACCGGCGCACGCACACCGGCGAGCGGCCUCACGCCUGCCCCGACUGCGGCCGCGCCUUCACGCAGCUGGGAGCCCUGCGGCGGCACGUGCGCACCCACACGGGCGAGCGCGCGUACGUGUGCACCGUGUGCGAGAGGGCCUUCGCCCAGCAGGAGCACCUGCUCAACCACCAGCGGACGCACACGGAGGAGCGGCCUCACUCGUGCGCCCUGUGCGGCCGGGCGUUCGCCGAGCACGGCAACCUGCGGCGUCACGUGCGGGCGCACGCCGGAGAGAGGCCGCACGAGUGCCCUGCCUGCGGGAAGACGUUCACGGUGCUUGGCAGCCUCCAGCGGCACCAGCUGACCAGGCACUCGGUGACGGGCGACAAGCCGGUGACGGCGGUGACGGGCGACAAGCCGGCGGCGGUGACGGUGGCGGCGGUGACGGCGGCGCCACCGUGCGGGGACGGCGCCCGGGAGGAGGCCGCGGGGGGCCCUCCUCCGCGGGCGUCAAGGGUGGCCCCCCACGACGGGCCGUGGGGGUGCGGCAAGGAGCUCGCACCGCGGAGAGUGGUGGGCCUGCGGGGGGGGCCUCCGGCAAGCGGCCCGGACGGUGACUGAGCUGGCGUGCCGGCCCCUCCGGCGUUGCGUUUCAUUUCCUGUAUGAGGUGUAGCCCUGUGGGCCACGCGGCUCUUGACUCGGGUGCAACCGCAAGAAACAAAAACACGAAGAAGAAUGAUCUUCAAGUGACUACGCGCAACAGGGAAAUCCAGGAAAAAACUGCAAAGUCUUCCAGAAAAAGCGCCGCGCACCAACGCCGUGUGCAAAAAUCCCAGUGGGAUGCAAGUCAAACAAUGACAACCACAAGACAAUUAAGAUUAAAGUUAUCGGGCGAACUCUGGACUAAAACAAACAAACAUGGCUGAACCAAAACGUUUUCAAAGUCACCAAAAUAAAGCUAUAAAAACAAUGUAACGGUGAUCAUAGGAACUGUGAUUGAAAUUUAACAAUAAACGAUAUAACAUGUACGACCAAACUUUGCAGCCAUGGCUGGCUGCAUGAGUCACUCCAUAACAGCUGGAGUAUCAGUAGCAGUAUCAACAUUUUUCAACACACCUUUAAAGAUCAGCACACUAUAAUCAA